UAAUUUCUCAAGUCAAAUGAACACAAAAUCUCAGACAGAAUCCCUAAAAAUGCACCAGUUGAUCACCAAUAACCUAGUCAGCAUUACUACGCAUUGUAUGGCAGAGUGUAUCCCUUCAUUCAAGGGGAAGGACCUAUCGCCAAUAGAGCAGAUGUGAGCCAUAGAGUGCUAUGCUAGACAGCUUAAUAUCAAGAAUAUCAACCAAAGCUCUCUCCAAGCUAUUGACACACAACCACAGCAAGAAGAAAGUUAUUAUUAGGCACCAUUUUAAUGUG